GAUUCGGAUGACAGGUCGCCUUGCAGUGGCUUGAGGCUUGGUCGGUGUGGAGUUCUGCGCUGACAAGGAUAACAUAAUAAUUAAUUAACAUGAACUAACAAAUAAAACCGCAUUGCAUGUGUAUAUACCUCUUAUGGUGGAGGGAGGACCUGCUAAUCUCAAGUAAUGCAGGCUUGCUCUGGCGGCUUGUGAAAUAAGAAACACAGAAUGGUCCGUGAGUCAGGGAGAUGUAGAGUGGUGAAAAAUUAUGCCACCGGAGGGACCAAGGCAGCAGUAAUACCAAAGUUAGGACCACGUAAGACUAGAAGCCAGUCCCUCAAAGAAAAUCAAGAAAUUGAGAUACAACUUCAAGUCCCAGUAGAUGAAGAGAAAACCUAUUUUAGGUCUGAUUUUGCAGAUAUUAAACGAAACAGUAGGUCACUAUCAAGGGCAAGUUCUGAAGAUUCUGCACUUUCAUCUUGCAGCUCAAAGUGGUCAUUGUCAAGUAAUGUAUCUAUUGUUAGCAGAAAGUCUCAAGGUAUUACAACAAGAAAAUUAACACAAACCCUUGACCCUGUAGCUGAGGAUAGAAUUCCCAAAUCAAAGGUUGAUAUAAACCCUGACACCAUAAACUGGGUAAAUGGUUUAUCACCGACUAGAAUUCAAGCUGCUGUUCCGCUACUGCGAACUCGUGCAGUUGCCAAUGGUCAUUUAACAAAACGAACACUGAGUUAUGUUACAGAAAGCUCCAACUCGGACAGUGGAUAUAAUUCAAAAGUGCUUGAUGAAAAUUACUCUGCAAAUACCUUUCGAUCUGAGGCUGUGAUUCAUUUUCAUAUUUGUGUGCUCUGGGCACUAAUGCUGUCAGCUGAACACCAUUUGAAAUUAUCCUCAAAGAAUGUCGGCAAACAGUCCAUGGGGGCACAUCCAGUAGCCCUUCAAGUAGCAGCAGCAUUCAUACUUGGCACACUAUGUGACUUGAUCUCACCAAAGUUAGCUCUGCUAGUACCUCAGACCAUCUGGGUACUAGUAGUUUUACUAGUCCACAUUACCUCCAGCAAUGUUGCUGUACAACUUGUUCCAUAUCUACCAUGUAUAAACUCAGGUUUAUUAGGAUGUCAGUUUCUCGCGAUACAUCUGGGCUUCCGAGGCAGUCACGCUGGAGUUUUGUCAAGAGUUAAUCUUAGUUAUUGUUUAGCAUCCAUUGUGGUCCCUUUCAUCAUUACUAUGAUGAGCAGUGUCUUGGGGAGUUCCAUUAACUCUCAGCUAGUUACGCUAGUGAGCCUCCUGAGUAUGAUGGCUGUCCUUAGGCUCUUAGGCAGUAACUUGAAAGGGUUUACCAGAUUACCUCUUCUAGUCCCAGAUAAUUGCUCACCAGCCAGAUUCCUCAGUUGUAUAGUUAUGAAGGUUGCUUUAACUGUCCCAGCGUCACUUCUCCUUCCGUGGCUCCAGAGUUUACUGAAUGACGGUGGCAGCAUCAAUGGCAUUGGUCUGCCAAUAUUGGUGACAGUUGGGUUACUGUUGGCUCAAGCCGCCCUGGUGCCCUUACUCUUGGUGUGUACAAAGUCUUCCACAGCUACUGGGGCUAUGGCUGCUCUGCUCAUGCUUCUGUAUCCUGUGAUGGUAUUAUCAGAUGAGUCAAGCUCGAUUCUGCUAGUGUUGCUGAUUCCUGUAUGUGGCCUGGUGGCUGUGGCACAGAACUUGGUGGUUGCCGAUCUCGUCUCCACGUUUCCCCAAUUUCCAGGUGUCAUUUUGGCUCUCAAUCUCUCCCUUCAUAUUCUCAUACGAUAUUUUACCCCACGUUUUUCUACCAGUAUGAUUGAGCUGUGUGCCGAUAAAGGCAGGACACAUUUGAUUUCUUUAAGUUUUCCUCAAUGGCUCAGGUAUUUGUUGGCAAAUAAUUUCAUAUCUGAUAUAUCCCCAUUACUGCCAACUUCUUUAGACUUUUUGUCAUGCCAUAAAGUGCAUAUUAAUGUCAUAACUGUGAUGGGUUGUGCAUGUUCUUUUGUACUAUUAAUUUUGGCAAGAAGUACAUAGGUUAACUAUAUACAGCACUGUAUACUAGCCUUUAAAUGGGAAAUACGUAAUGGUAACCACAUACAGUACUGUAUACUCGGUUAUAAAUUGGAAAAUUGGAAAUCAGUUUAUUUCACAAAGGAAAUAAUAGUAAAUUCUUGAAAACACAUUAAUGAAACUUAUAUUUUCUCAUUAGCUUUCAUUAGGUUCUGAAAAUGAGAAAACAAAGACUAUUCAUUAUAAAUACAUACAGUACUGUACAUAUAAUAUAUAUAUACACCUGUACAGUACUUUAUAUGCAUCAUAUAUGUCCUGUACUUAAGCAUUACAUGUAAUUUAAUUACCAUUUUCCAUGGGGAUAAUUAUCCAGUAUCCACUAAAACAUUUUUGACCAAAGAAUAAUUGUUAACAUGUUCAAAUAAAGAAUGUUGCUGUUGUGAAAGCUGCAUGGUAACCAGUCAUAAUAAAAUUCUACACAGAAAGCAAUGGCUUCUGAACAACCAUGAUCCAAAUUUGCAAGAUACUGUAUCAAAAUUGUUGCCGCCCAUCUCCCCAUUCAGAUAAAUUAUAUUCUGUAUUAUCCAUCGUGGAAGCUCCAUUAUUUUCACGUGCCUCAAUUGUGUUGUCGGCCGCCAGAUGACAUCCUAGUCUGUUUUGGAGUGCCUCGCGCAUGUGGGUGUUGAAUCCAGAGCUGCAUUUGCAUUUUAUAACUUGAGAUUGAGUCAAUCCCUUCGCAAGGGUGAACUGAAACUCGAGCAUUCCUUUUACAAGUUCCUUACAGGUGCCUCAAAGAAUCUUUAGGUAUGUCGGGUCUACUGGAGGAGGAGGAAAUUCUCUUGAGCAAAUAAUGAUAAACUGUUCUCAUACUCAGUAGCUGUGUUGCCUCAUUUUCUUCACUGACAGCUCUCCUAAUAAGAGGUCACCCUGUAGGUAUGCUGGUUAAAUCUGCCAGUUGCGACUCUUGUGCAUCUUGUAAAGGCUCUAAUUUUCAUGAUAAUUAGAUAUUUUUGCUUUUUGUUUCUUUUGAGUCAUAUGUUCCGUGAUAAAAUCCUUUGUGAAUCUGAUUCCUUUGACAUUACUAGUCUUAAUGUCAUAUUGUUCUCAUUUUGGCAUCCUAAAUGAUAUCCAGGAAUUUUCUUUUGAUAAUUACUUACCUGCUUUAUUAUAGAUUAAUCCCAUUCUAAAACCAUAAGAUACACAACCAGUGUACAGUAUAAACUGGUCAUUGAGGAAUUUGUGAACUACAUUGUCAGAGUUGGCCUCUAAUUUAUUCACAAGUAUACAGUAUAUGGAUGUGCAUAUGAUAUUUUUGUUGAAGAUGGUAAUACAGUAUUUAGUAGAUGGUAAUGGAGAAAUUUGUAGUCACAAAAUGAUAUAAAAUAACCUACUUAUGAAGACAGUUUCUUUUGGUAGAAACUGUCUUAAAUUGAUAUGGUUUAUCUGUGAUAAUUCAUAAUUAUUAGAUUAUCAAGUGGAUUAUCAUCAGGCUGCUGUACUGUGCAGUAUUGUCUUUCUAAUAUGCAUGUCUGUCUAUGAUGGUAUUCAGCAUCCUUCGAUUUUAUUACAGAAAUGCAAUUGGAUUAUGAAAUAUGAUAUGAAUGUACCUUGGGGUGUACUUGAUGAAUACACUGAGUAAUACUUGGAGUGUGUUAUAGAUAUGCAUGAUGUACUUUGGUAUACUUUAGGUUGUACUUUGGGGCAUAUAUACACCCUUUGGGUACACAAAGGAUCAUGUGUGCUUUUAUGCAUAUGGUGGGGUAUAUUUAUCAGUGCACUGUGUGGUAGGGUUUGACUAUCGAGUGCACCUUGGGGUACUGACGUGCUGGUGUCUUUUUGCUAGGAACCUCUUAUAUUAAUUUAUUUAUUAUGUAGUAAUUCAACAGAGGUGUUACUUCUCAUCAAUUGUCAGGUGAAGUUGCUGCACACUUGAGUGUGAGUGGAUGUUGGGACAAGCUGUAUAAAGUAAGAUUAACUCGGUCUCGUGGUUUACUUUUUCAUUUUCUCUCUAUUCACCUCAUGCAGGUCGGUGUUCAAUCCCCGACCGCCCAAGUGGUUGGGCACCAUUCCUUUACCCCUGUCCCAUCCCAAAUCCUUAUCCUGACUCCUCCUAAGUGCUAUAUAGUCAUCAUAACUUGGCACUUUCCCCUUGAUAAUUUCCUCCCUUCCCUCUCUAUUCCCCUUACCUUCUUUGCUUGUAGUGACCCUAUCUUCCACUCUAUGGUUACAUGAUUUGAUAACGGUCCAGGACGAACCGAAACAUCAUGAUGUCCUUUCUUUUCAUGUACGUGGGUUAGGUGUCACAUUUUCAGCCACGUAUUUGUAACUGAAAAUUAGCAGGCAAAAACUAGCUGAAUGUUUGUUAGUGAAAAAAUGCAAAUUUUCAAGGUACAAACUUUUGUAUUGUGGUUUUGCUGGUUUAAUUCCAUGAAAUCCAUGGAAGAUAAUUACAUUUUAUAUAGAAUAUUUGUUAAUAUAAAACAAGUGUAAAGAGAAUGGACUAGUCAGGAGUCUAAAGGUGGCAAGAAAUUAUUAACUAACUCUGGUAAUGAUAUGAUGUGGACUGAUCUCAUACAAGCAUAAAUUUUCAUGGAUCUUAUUUUGUUAAUAGAAAGAUCUUUGAUAGUCACAAAGUGUGUCCAAAUUUUUAAAUGAAAACUUUAUGAAACUUUGAUACAAAUGCAUAUGAGCGACGCUGGUUCAGAAGAUGCACAUACAGCAAUUGCAUGUUAAUGCAAGUACAGUAUUGUGUAGUAGUAGUAGUAGUUUCUGCAGUUAUAUGGUUUUCAUAUAUUUUUAUAAAUGCAAAAACACUAUUCCAUCCAUUUUCAGGAGAAUCUCAUUUCUGAAUUUUGGUGCAUGUAUUGUAUAGCAGGAUGACAUUUUCCAGGUUUUCCUAAGUGUGAAAGAACGAGAAGGAACACUUUUAAAUGUCUGUGAAUGAAUUUUGCAGUUAUAAUAUAUUAUCUGUAUCCCAUUAAGACGUGAACUUGUAAAAUACUGCACUCUCAAAAGCAGAAAUUUAAAUAAGGAAAUAGAAAUUAAAUAAAAGUAGAAAUAAUUUCAAACACAAGCUCUAUUCAGUCAGAGUAGCCCCAUACGUACUCUGCUCUUUCCUUGUUCCUAAGUAUGGUAUUUGCCGACAGAUAGGACAUACAUUUUGUCCACCGCCAACAGAUUAUAUAUAUGGCAUUUACAUUCACAAAAUUAUAAUGGUUUUCCCCUAUAAAACCACUUGAAAAUCACUUUCAAUCAGUGUAUGAUGAAGUAUACUAAAAUACAAAUUCCACAAAAAUCAAUAUAAAAUAUGUCUUGUAUGCUGGCAAAUACAGUAACUGUUUAAUAAAACAUAUAUUGUUGGUCUUAUAUAAUAGCAAACAUAUAUUCUAUGUACAUCAUUUUGUUAUUUGUAUUACCUAUUAUGGCUGUGUUUGACAGCCAAGUGUAAUUUAGAUUGAUAAAAUAUUGGGCAUUGUGAUUGUUUGGUAGUAAUAUAAUCAGAGAGGAUGACAUUGCACAGGGUGGUUCAAAAAAGGAAAUGUUUAGCAUUUCUUUGUAACACCACCCUUCAGAGAAGGCUAGCCUUCCUUUGUAACACCAUGCUUCAGAGAAGGCUAGCCUUCCUUUUGUAACACCAUGCUUCACAGAAGGCUAGCCUGCCUUUGUAACACCACCCUUCAGAGAAGGCUAGCCUGCCUUUGUAACACCACCCUUCAGAGAAGGCUAGCCUGCCUUUGUAACACCACCCUUCAGAGAAGGCUAGCCUGCCUUUGUAACACCAUGCUUCACAGAAGGCUAGCCUUCCUUUGUAACACCACCCUUCAGGGAAGGCUAGCCUGCCUUUGUAACACCAUGCUUCACAGAAGGCUAGCCUUCCUAUGUAACACCAUGCUUCACAGGCUAGCCUGCCUUUGUAACACCAUGCUUCACAGAAGGCUAGCCUUCCUUUGUAGCUCCACUCUCUAGAAAGGACUAACCAAAAUUCUUAACACCACACUCCAGACAGGACUAGCCUACCUGUGUAACACUGCAAGAGCUACCCUACCCCUAGUGGAACAUUUUUAGGCUCUAACCUGUCUUAGGCAGCAUUAUUAGCAUACCCCUGAGGGUGUAACCAUUGAGUAAACUCUAGCUAGAACAAAUCCACAAGGGCCAUGACGAGGAUACGAAGCUGCGUCCGGGAGCAUCCCAGACACUGCCUUAAUUUGUGGAUUUGUUCAUUUGAUGCAUCACGUUAGUGUGAUCUCUGUGUGUAAACUCUAGCUAGGUUGUGUUCAUUUAUUUGCUUUGAAAUCUUCAGUUAAGGUAGAUUGACAUGUUAUUUUCACCAGUAGUUUUUCUCAAAUAUGUGUUCUGUUUGGUCAUAGCAUGUCAACCAGAAGGACCAACAUUAGGGUCCUCUGGGAUACAUUGGUGAGCUAUGCCCCUCAAGUAGUGGCCUCUUACAGGGUGGUAACAAAGUAUUAAGCGAUAUGAUAAUCUAGUUUUGAGGGUAGAACUAUUGAAAAUAGGUUCUUUUAAUUCAUAUGGAAUAAAAGAGGAGUGAAAGGCACUCAGGGUUUUGGAAUAUGAGGAAUAUACAUAUGAUAAUUAUCAAGGAAAAAAUUUCUUAAAAGGGGAAGCAUGCAGCCGACUUAAAGGUAAAUGCUGGCAAAAGCGAGGUGGUGGUUUUGGAAGGCAAGAAUAACCUGUUGGUUUUUACUCUGUGCUGGUCUAUAGAAUAAGUGAACAAAAUGUGAUAUUGCUAAGAUAGAAGUGGGUUAUGAUGUAUUAGGGAGUUGAAGUCUUUAAGAGCAGGAAUAUGUAAAUAGAAUGGUGAAGAGAGAAGAAUGGGAGAUAGUAAUGCAAGGGAGAAAAUGACUAGAUAUUUAUAGAAUCGGUUAUGGAGGAUAGAAAUGUUGUUACGGCUGUGAAACAAAGGUGUGUGCUUACUCCUUCCAAGCUCGAGGAUUUGGAAUGAGCUAUGGAUAUAAAUUGACACACCUACAUAAAUUUUAAAUUCCACUUUAACUAAGCCCUAAAGCAUAUUCCAGUCUAAUCUAAAAUUCAAGCUGUUGAAUUUAUGUCUUGGAAAUGCAUGUUGCAUAAAUAGGCAGAGAAGGUUAAUUAAGAAUUUUUUGUAUGCAGGACAAGAAAUUUCAUAAGACCUAGGAUUAUUUCCAACACCCCCAUAUACUAAGAAACCUCUUAAUUAGUUUGUACUAAAUUAAACUAACAGUAUUGGGAGUAAAUGCAAUUAUAUAUAUAUACAUAGACAAUUCCAUUAAAUAUUUUGUCUGGUGUUGCUACUGGGUAAUGGGUAAUAAGAAUGGUUCGAGAAGAGUAGUGCACAAAGGUCGAGAGAUAAGAACGGAGAAGGAAAGAUUGGCUUUCGUCUAAUACAGUAAGUAUAUAAAAGUGAAGGAAAAGUGAUUGGUAGACACUGAGCAUUAUAGAAAGGUAAAGAGGAAGACUACUUACAGGACUGGCCUCUAUGCACAGGUCUGGCCUCAGGGGAUAUAUGACAGUCUAGAAGUCUAUGCUUAUCACUGCCUGGUGAUAAGCUCACAGAGUGACAGUAUGUCAUAUACUGAACUAUAUAAAUAAAUAAAUAAGCUAACUGCUUUCACUUGCAAAAUAAUUUAUUUAUGUUAAUUUCCUCUUUAAGAAACAUCUUGCACAUUGUUAACUGCAAAUUGUUAACUUGUAUGUUUUCAAAUUGAUUUCAAAAGUUUUUUUUACUAAAGUAUUGUUUUAAAAUAAUAUUUAUGGACUCUAACAGCAUUAGUUUGGCAGUGUCUUUUCAGUAUUCUCAAUUCAUUAAUCAUUUUAGGUAGUGUGUGUGUGUGUGUGUGGCGUUGUGUAGCGAUUUACUGUACUUAGUAAUAAAGUCUUCUGUUUUAUAUUUUGCAGCUAUAGUAUACACAUUCAGUCAAGAUGAUUACAGCAAAUAAUUUUGUGAUUUUUCUAUGGAUCUUCGGUAAAUGUAUCAUUACCUUGGAAAUCAUGGAAGCUAUUUAUGAAUAUUUGCUUUUGUUAUUGUAUUCUGUAGUGCAUGAGGAGGCUGUUCAUCAAUAUUUCUUUGUAUUGUAUUCAGUAAUAUAUCAGCAUCAUUAUUUUAUGUUGGUAGAAAUUUAUUAUUGGUCCUGUAUUGCAACCCAGCCUGAGUUUAAAGUGGCUCAUUAUACAUUCUUAUGUUCACCGGUGUCCCUCAGUAACUGUUAAGUGCCGUUUUCUUCUUUAUCUGGGUAUAGUAUUUACUGGCUUUACUCCUUUAUCAUGGAGUUUUCCAGUUUUGUUUCUUUAUUUGGGCACAUGCCAUUUCCAGGCAGUAGUGGAUAACUUCUGCUCCCUCUCUUGCAUGCUAUAAAGCAAAGUGCCCACUGUAAUAAGCUUCCUGUUUGGGUUAUUAGAUCCACCCAUUGACUGAGUUGCCCUGUUCGGAUGGCUGGGUGUUGAGGCCGGGUUGCAAAGGGCCUGGACACCCAUCUUCCCUCUUAGGCUCAUGCAGUAUGCAAUAAAGGCCAUGAAUUGUGCUCCCUGUCUCUCCUGUCACCAGGAGCAGCUAACUGGUGGUCCUGCAGCUACUGCUGUGCUGGACAGUGAGCCUUGCUCCCAUUUUUGGCCCACUCAUUGGGACACUUCUUAAGAAGUCAUCUGCCCCAUGACUGUCAAUGAUUCAGCCGACACAGCUAGAGAUAAUUCCAUGACACUGUUGAAUUUCAAACCACAAGGAAAAUGAUGAAAAUUGUAAUUUAAAUGACAUUUAAGUUUGUUGAUAACCAAGUUAAUGGACAUAUGUAUACUACAUUAAACCCUACAUUAUACAGGGAUUGAUAUGGAUUAAGUUAUUGAGCUACAUGUAUUAUAGACACAGAAAGAUUACAACAUUGGAUACACUGAGAAUUUGGCAAAAGUAAGAUCAGCAGAGGACUGGGUAAUACUGAUGCUUUUAAGUGGUCAUGCUUCACACAGUCAGUGAAUCUACUGCAUAUAAUAAAUAAAUAUUAGCUAUUUCUAGCAAGUGCAAUGGGUUAUUACACAUGUAAUUAACUGCAAUAGUAAUACUGUCUUCUAAAAUGUUUGAUUUCUUUAUUUCCAUGUAUGCAAUACUUUUUUCAAGAUUCCUUACUUUUUCUAGUCGUUCGUGAUAUUUUAAAGACUUGAGCUUAAGUGUAUAUUUAUUAAUCUAUACAGCAAAUCAAAUUAAAUAUUUAAACAAACAUUGUUUGAAAUGUGUAAUUUGGUGCUGUAUAUAGAUUUGUGUGAUUUUUAUUCUGUUUGUAAUACCUUUAAAGCAAAUGUUAUUUUGUAAAGUUUUGAAGGUCUGGUUAAUCCUAGUGUGCAAUUAAAUACGUUUGAGACGUUGAAGAUUACCUUACUGUAUUAUUUUUUAGUUCUGGUCAUAUGUGAUUGAGAUAUUUGAAGCCAAAUAAACAGUCACAUGAA